GACAAUGUGUUGCCGCAGCUUUUGUUCUUGGCGCCUGUAGCACUCAUUUAUUAUCUUUUUUUUGUAUCGUGACACGUGUAUUAUGUUUCGGUGAGGGACAAAUUGCGAUUGUUUAGCUAUUUAAGCCCCCAGACAAAUAUAAGUGCAUGUUUCUUCGCAUCCCUGGAGCGGGCGCCGCUGUGUCCGGCCGCUACUCAGAGAAACGGUACUGCCUACUGGCAAGCGACUAUUGCAUAUGAAACUACAUUGUUGCUAGCAUGUACAGCUACCACUUUGUUGAGCUUUAUUUCGUUCAGUUGUACAAAAGAAUCUUGAAACCCUUUCUAAUGUGGUGCCGUAUGUGGGGUGUGAUGCCGCAUAGUUAAAAAUAUACUGCGAGAAGGAAAUGGCAAAACGGUCCUGGAAAGACAAUGCUGCCGAGCACUCAUUCCGCUGCCUCCCGCUCUCCAAUACGGGGUAUCCAUUUUAACCUGUCGACGCUGUUCUUGUCCAUGGAUUGUUCGUUUUCCAGUGGGUGGCUCCGAUAGUUGCUGCGGCGCGCACCAUUACAUGUCUCUCGCGAGCAUUUUUUGCCUCUCCAUUCGCAUUUUUUUUCAUCUCGAACAUGGUUGUUUUUCCCUUAUCGCCUACAGUCGCUCCCUCCCAGUUGUAGCUGCCGUUUCUGGUGUCGUUAAAAUCCGCACCAAUUACUAAUAAUGAGUAUUUGUGUCUGUGCAGUGCGAUUCGCAUUUAAUUCGCUGGUAUGUCACUCUUUGUACUUCUUGUUUGUUUCCUGGAAGUCUUUUGUGAAGUGGCGGCAUCCGCUGUCGAUGAGACACGGGUACCCAAUGACUCUCACUUCGCUCCCGGAGUUCCACAGGAAAUCCAUGAAUCAGAGAGAGACAAAGACGCAUGGACACCACCCGAAAAUGACUCUCCUCGCCAAAGUAGGCGACGGGAUAAGGUACGUGCGGUUGAUCCGAAAGAGGUCGCCACAGAAGAAUGGAUUUCCCCGCAGUCAACCCGCUCGGAUACUCUUAACCGACGUCAAGCUGAAGAGGCGGUUCAAGAGUAUCUGAAGUUGUUGACUGCCGAAUAUUUUCCUCUGCGAGAGGCCACCGUCUCCUUCAAACAGGAAGAACGAGAAGAUUCAGGGGGAAUCAGCAUCAUUGGUCGACGGACGUCGCCUCGUAGGCGCAGGAGCAGGAAAAGAAGCACGUGGGCAACUCAAGAUGACUCAGAAAUGCGGACGAAGACGUCAAGGGGUUUCUUUUCGUGGCUCCGUCGCCACCAGUCCAAGGGGAAAAUGUUGCUGGGAGUAGCUGCAGCCGCAUUCUUUUUAAGACUGUUGUACUACGGCUGGACGGAGUGGGAAGGGGAUGAUAGCUAUGACGUAGAUUUAGACUACGACGAAGCCUUUUGGAGCGACUUCCUGGAGAGGAGACAAGCACGGGUGCGAGUGCCUCAACAGGCCGAACAGACUCUCAGCUCAGGGAGUCCAGUGGGUCGCAGACCUGCUCAGCGGAAGGCGGAUUUAGAAAGUACCGCCGAACACGAUUUCCUGCGAAGAGCUUUGGAUAUUACCCCGAGAUUCAAACCUCCUCCGGAGUACUAUCUCGAACCCCCAGCUGGGGAUCCCGCAACUGAUUCUUCAGCCCCGACCGCGCAACCAACGGGUACCCCUCGUGACUGAAUCUGAGUGCGAUCGCAGAACGCUUCCCUAAUCGUCUAGCGCGCGGUGUCAGUCAAUAUUUCCUCGAAGUGGCUGGAGAUACCAUUCAAGCGUUCGGAACUCUGCUGCGGUAGACACAUUCUAGAAUGAGUUGGGAGUGGAAGAGUUGCGCCCGAUUCAGUUGUACGAGAGCGGACGUUCACUUCUGAAACGCGGACCCCAACCAGGAACCGAAACUCACCUGCAUUUUCUCGGAGAUCGAUAUGAUUCAAAUGCCUCCUGUGUCCUCAAAGAAGGCUUCCAACGUAGUUUUUGUCGCAGUAGCUCGAAAUAAGCGAUGAUGUGUAGUGGUUCGACGAAUCAAAAAGGAACGCGCGUGUCCUUUUUCGCUAGGCCGAAUGAUCUUCCGGGCAACGCGUAGAAUUGAAAUGCAAAGCGGCGGCUGACAAGCUCACUGACACUAGUGGACGCCAGUGUACCGAGCCGUUGCCACAUCGCAAUUCCCAGAAAGGGAUGCUCCCUCGAAAUUGCCGAAAAGAAGUGAUUCUUUUGUGGUUCCGUUUGUAACGUUGGUCGCGAGGGGAUAAUGGAGUCUUCAUCCACGGGAAGCUGUACCGGGCUUGGCGGGGGCGGUUGCAGGGUGUUGAAUUUUAAGCGGAUUCACUUACUUUUGAGGGACGCUUACGCAGUUUCUUUGCUCGCGGCUCCGCCGCGGUGCCACAUCUGCUUAUCCCCGGUACUGCAGAGCAAGCCUUCGAGCGUAGAACUCGAGCGUGAAACAAGAAAUGCGAAAAACUAGUUUCGGUGGCAGCAGCUAUUUGUACGCACCACAGUCAGUGCUCCAACCCUCACAGGUUGAUGGAGCUUUUGUGGCACUGCUCAGACGAUACAUCGCUUGGACGCUGUUUAGGCGUCACUACUGUUGUGUCGUCCAUUCCGCGAAGACAAAAACGGAUUUAUUCCGUGAGUGAAAGUAUAUUGACGACUUCCAUUACGUUCGAGUAGGGGCAACCACCCUAGACCCUGUUUGUCGUCAUGAAUGGGCAUUUGCUCGUGACGGCACGCGCGUUUGCUGUCGUUCCGUUUCGGAGUGUCGGGAAAAAGCGUGCUUGGCUGUCAAAGAAGAAUUCGUGAAUGCUGCGAACUGCUACUGGCGUACGUGUAUUUGCGACCAGGUGUUCAUAUGCUCAGAAGAUGUUGGCUUUCAAGAACUGAGAGAAACGGGGAAAUGUCUAGUCAGUUUUUCGUUCGAGUGCAGCUUCUGCUUGUGUAUGUCACGACACGUUUGCACGUAAUUACAUCGUUACUCACUUCAAAGUAAUGGGUCCUUUGCUGACGUGUACCUUUAAAAGAUUCAGAGAUAUUUCGCUAUAUUCACUAAUUGCUUGUCUUCUCGUAGCCCUGGCUGCAGCCAUGAUAAUGAAAUGCCUUACAGAAGAAAGUCAAGCCUAUUUGGGAUACCCUUCCAUGAUUUUCCGGUGCACACCUCAGUCCAUCUCAAAACCUAAACGCGCACGGUUCUCUGCCCAUCGAAUUUUAUGCAUUU